GGUUCUCCACCCAGGAUGACUUCUAGAUCAGAGAUUGUAGAAGUGCUAGAAGAGGAACCAGUGGCAUCUAAGACUCAUGAUCAUCAAUUGGAAUCAGAUCCCAACCCUGCGGAAGCGUGUGGUAAUUCGUCCACCUCCCUGGAGAUGACUAAAGGCGUUUCAAAGGAACAGAUUCACCUUGGCUCUAGCCCUAAAAAAGGGGAAAGUUGUGAUCUCAGCCACCAGGAAGGACUUCAAUCCAGGUCCCUUUAUUUGUCCCCCAAAGAACAGUGUGCCCGUCAUCAAGACAGGAGGCAAUCCUGGCGGCGAGCAAGUAUGAAAGAAACGAACCGGCGGAAGUCACUGCCUCCCUUUCAUCAGGGCAUCACAGAGCUCUGCAGAUCCAUCAGUGUCAACAUAGCAGAAAGCAAACGGCUGGGCUGUCUCCUGCUUUCCAGUUUCCAGUUCUCUGUUCAGAAACUUGAACCUUUCCUAAGGGGCACUGAGGGCUUCAGUCUUGAAAAUUUUAGAGCCAAAGCAUCUUCUCUUUCUGAAGAAUUGAAACAUUUUGCAGACAGAUUGGAAAGUGAUGGAACUCUACAAAAAUGUUUUGAAGAUUCAGAAGGAAAAGCACCAGAUUUGUCUCUGGAAACAUCAGUGGCUGAGAUGAAGGAAUAUAUAACAAAGUUUUCUUUAGAACGUCAGAGUUGGGAUCGGCUCUUGCUGCGCUACCAGGAGGAGGCUGAAGAGAUCAUAUCCAGAGGAUCAACUGAAACCAAAACUACUGAAGUUGAAGUGGAGCCUACAGCAUAUCUUGGGUCUUCCCAGAGUGAAGUCCUUAAUACAAAGCCUGACUACCAGAACAUAUUACAGAACCAGAAUAAAGUCUUUGAUUGUAUGGAGUUGGUGAUGGACGAACUGCAAGGAUCCAUGAAGCAGCUGCACGCCUUUAUGGAGGAAAGUACCCAGUGCCUCCAGAAGGUGUCAGUACAGCUCGGGAAGAGAAGCACGCAACAAUUAGAUCCUUCACCAGCUCGAAAACUGCUCAAGCUUCAGCUACGGAAGCAACCGAGAGAUUGCUCUAAAUCUUGUCAGUGACCUUAUGCAGCUUUUCUGCCACAGGAUGCUCCAGAGGAGAGAAACAGGAAGAGUGCCCUAGUGCACGGCAACUGCACAACGGGCUGAGCGGUGACAUCUGCCCUGUUGCCUUUGAAGAUAACUGGCUGACUAUAAAGCACUUCGAUAUUUUUCUUAAAAUGAUGGAAUUUAUGCAUCUGAAAGAAGGUCAUAUAGAAACUUUUUCCAAGAGUGUGCAAAAUGCUUGAGACUGCUGCUUUGGAAUGACCUUCAGAACUAGGGUCCCAUAUUCUUU